GACUUUCUACUUCUCACCCCACAGACCGAAGCGAUUCGGACAUGACAGUGGCAAUGUUGGAGCAGCGGGGAGCACCCGACCUCAUCCUCGCAUCUUUAUACAUGCCAUACGAUGUACCCGAUCCCCCGUCAAUAUCCUUCAGGAAACUAACCGCCUGGGCGGAGCAACGAGGGAUAAAUAUGGUGGCUGGCUGUGACGCCAACGCUCACCACACGGCGUGGAGCAGCUCGAACACCAACGAUAGAGGUGAGUCACUCUUUAGUUACUUAUUAUCCACAAAACUUACUAUCUGUAAUAAGGGUAAUCACCCCACUUUCUACAAUAGAAUAAGGGAGGAGGUUAUAGAUAUAACUCUUGUAACUAACUCGAACAAUGUUAGGGUCGACGGCUGGCACGUCUCGACAAAAUGCUCUUUUUCUGAUCAUUGUCGCAUCGUAUUCUCCAUUAACCUGAACAGACCGACACUAAAACCUUAUCGAAAUCCUCGUAGGACAAACUGGAACAAAUUCAGCCAGUUUGCGAGGACCUCGAAACGACUACUGAUGCCGUGCGACUAAGAAGGUGCCUCUCGAAAAACCCGGCUCCUCCUGGUUUUCUGGAAAAGCCAGGAGGAGGGCACACCGAAAGCAGCCUUGAAACACUGGAACACCUUAUGGACGUCCACUUCCCUGGUUGCGGUGACGCGGGGGACACAGGAACUCCUGUGACAGAACACCCUAGUACCCACAGGCAAGGCAGUCCAGUGGACGAAAUCAUCA